ACGACCCUAUAAGAAGUGAGCACCGGAGAGCAGCAAACAACCAACAAAAUUAAGUUCUUGCUCUCCAAUCUAAUUAACCAUGUCCACUGUUAGCUUUUCACAAUUUUCUAUUGCCUUUCUUCUGUUCUUAUCUACAACAACAUUCCAUAGUGACAUGUUCUGUACUAGUACAAAUCUGCAGCUUCGUUGCAAUGAGAGGGACCGUUCUUCACUACUGCAAUUCAAACGUGGUGUCAUAGACAAUUCCAGCAUGCUCUCCUCUUGGUCCAAUGAAGAAGAUUGUUGUGCAUGGAAAGGAGUUCAUUGUGACAACAUCACAGGCAGAGUCACAAGACUUGAUCUAAAUCAACAAUACUUGCAAGGUGAAAUUAACCUCUCCUUGUUUGAUAUUGAGUUCCUGAGCUACUUGGACUUGAGCAUAAAUUUCUUUAGUGGCAUAACUCUUCCACCUACCUUCAACCAAUCUAGUAAACCUGCUAACUUCUCUAAUAUUCAGUAUCUGGACUUAUCCUUCAAUGAUGAUUUUCACAUGGACAAUCUUCACUGGCUUUCAAAACUUUCUUCCUUGAAAUUUCUCAACCUCAGCGAAAUUAACCUUGUAAAUGAAACAAGCUGGCUUCAGUCCAUGUCAAUGCAUCCUUCACUGUUAGAGCUAAGAUUGGCAAGCUGUCAAUUGACCAAUAUCAACCCAUCCAUCAAGUUUGUGAAUUUUACUUCACUUGUGACUCUUGAUCUCUCUGGAAAUUCAUUUCAUUCUAGUUUACCUUAUUGGUUGUUUAAUCUCAGCAGUGAUAUCGCUCAUGUUGACCUUAGCUUCAAUUUUCUACAAGGUCAAAUACCCAAGAGCUUGCUAAGUCUUGGAAAGCUUAAAUCUUUAAGGUUGCAUAACAAUGAACUCAAUGGAUCCAUUCCAGAUUGGUUAGGGAAGCAUGAAAAUUUACAAAAUCUGGUUCUAUCUGAGAACUUGUUUCAUGGCUCUAUCCCUUCAUCUCUAGGAAAUCUCUCAACCUUGGUUGACUUGGGAAUCAGCUCAGAUUCCUUGAGUGGUAAUCUUCCAACCAGUCUUGGACAACUCUUCAAUUUGAAGAGUUUAAACAUUGGAGGCAAAUCCUUGUCAGGCGUUCUUUCUGAACAACAUUUUUCCAAUCUACACAAUUUGGAGUCACUCAUCUUGACUUCACCUUUUGCAUUUGAGUUGGAUCCUGAAUGGAUUCCUCCCUUUCAAUUGGAAGGAGUAGGUUUGAUCAAUACAAUCCUAGGUCCUAAUUUUCCAGCUUGGAUAUAUACCCAAAAGUCACUAGACUUUCUUGAUGUUUCUAAAUCAAAUAUUUCAUCCAUAAAUGGAGACAAAUUUUGGAGAUUUGUAGCUAAUAUUACCCAUGUCAACAUUGCCAGCAACUUAAUCAGUGCAGACUUAACAAACAUCACCCUGAGCUCCAAGUUUUUAUUUAUGGACUGCAAUAAUUUCACUGGAAGGCUCCCACAUAUUUCUUCAAAUGUCUUCUAUUUGGGUUUGUCCCGCAAUUCUCUCUUUGGACCCAUUUCCUCUAUGUUUUGCCACAAAUUGGGUAGGGAAAAUAGCUUGGAUUAUUUGGACAUAUCAUUCAAUCUCUUAUCUGGAGCUGUUCCUGAUUGUUGGCAGUAUUGGAGAGGUUUGUCUUUCCUUUUCAUGGAGAGCAACAAUCUAACUGGUGAACUCCCUCCAUCCAUGGGCUCAUUAAUUGAUCUCAUUAUACUGGAUUUGCACAACAACAGCUUGUUUGGCAAUUUUUCGGUGGAUCUAUCAAACACAACAAACUUGCAAUUCAUCAACAUUGGAGAAAACAAUUUCUCUGGAACUGUACCAGUGAAGCUUCCACAUAGCAUGGAAGUGAUGCUUUUGGGAUCAAACCAAUUUGAAGGUAACAUUCCACCAGAGCUGUGCACUCUCUCUUCACUGUUACAAUUGGAUCUUUUCCAUAACAAACUUUCAGGGCAUAUUCCUCCAUGCAUAGGCAACAUUACCGGCAUGGGUGGAGUGAAAAAACCGAGCCACUUUCAAUUUCAUGAAUUCAAUGUGCAUAACAAAGGCCUUGAGUUAGAGUAUAGAGAUUAUGGACUAUGGCGAAAUCUUGACCUUUCAUCUAACAACUUAUCAGGGGAAAUCCCCCCAGAAGUUUUCAACCUUGUUCAGUUGAAGUCCUUGAACUUGUCUCGAAAUCAUUUAACAGGAAAGAUACCAAGAGAGAUUGGACACAUGAAAAACUUGGAAUCUAUUGAUCUGUCCAGCAACAAACUCUUUGGAGAAAUUCCUGUUACAAUGUCUACCUUGUCUUUCUUGGAAUUCUUGAAUCUUUCAAACAAUGGAUUGGUUGGACAAAUCCCAAUAGGGACUCAGCUUCAGAGUUUUGAUGCCUCCUGCUAUGCUGGAAAUCCUAAACUUUGUGGAAUUCCUCUGCCAAAAAGCUGCAUAGAAGGAGAAGGAGAAAAUGGUGAUGAUGAUGAAUCAAAGCAACAUGGAGGAAACAAUGAUGAUAAUGCUUUUCAAAAUUCACUCUACCUUGGUUUGGGUGUUGGUUUUGCAGUGGGAUUUUGGGGGACUUGUGGUUCUCUAUUCUUAAACAGGGCUUGGAGGCAUGCAUAUUUUCGAUUCCUUAAUCAUGUUGUAGACCAACUUCAUGUGUCUGUGGCCCUCAAAUUAAAGCUUAACCGAUUUAGUGGAUCACCAAGAAGGCAAGAAUUUCCAACUGAUCAAACCUUCACACAACGCUUCUCAAGUAAUUAAGAGUGCAUCCCAUAUUUUUAUGGAAAGCUUGAAGAUUCAAAGCAUUGGUAUGUAGUCGGGGACUAUAUUCAAAAUAGAAGAUAGAAUGAGACCUUUGUCAAGUUGCUGUGGCAUUUAUGAUAUGUAUUAGUUCUGAAUUUAAUAUGGUAUAGAUUUUGGACCUGUUAAGGAAAGCGUGUAACCAUUCCAUAUUUCAUGUACUGGCCAUGUAAAUAACAUGAUACUAGUAUUGAUCCCGCGCCAUGCACGGAUGAAAUAAUAAUACUUUCCCAGGUUUGAUACUAGUAUUAA